AGACAACAAUGCCAACCACUAAUCCAUAGUGAGGCCAUCACGAUGUACACAAGUAAUUAAAUGAACAAAUGAAAUUAACAGUAUUAAUUUACAUUCAACAUACAGUUUAUGUGUUCCAGAAUCACUGGUGGAACCCCAUCCAGGAUGUGAUUGUUUAUUGGCCUCAGUGGCUGGUUGUCCUCCUGCUGGAGAUGUUGUGGUUGUGCAUCACCUUCCUCAUGCCCAUACCCAAUUGCCCCACGGGUUAUUUGGGAGCUGGCGGCAUUGGCGAUGAUGGUCUUUACCCAAACUGCACUGGAGGUGCAGCAGGAUACAUUGAUAGAUGGAUGUUUGGUGAUAACAUGUACAGAUAUCCUACAUGCAAAGAGAUGUAUCACACCACGCAGCCCUUUGACCCAGAGGGGGUUCUGGGUACAAUCAACUCCAUUGUCAUGGGAUUUAUGGGCAUGCAGUAAGAUAAAUGAUAUGCAGGCAAAAUUAUCAUCUGCUACAAGGGGAUGAACAGUCACAUCAUGUGUCGAUUCCUCACAUGGGCUGUUAUUCUGGGAGUCUCUGCAGCCAUCCUUUCUAAGUGCACGCGAGACGAAGGAUUUAUACCUGUCAAUAAGAACCUGUGGUCCCUGUCCUACGUGAUGUCUAUGGGCUGCUUUUCAUUCAUGCUGUUAGGAAUCAUGUACUUUGUCAUCGAUAUCAAGAGGUGGUGGGGAGGGCAGCCAUUCACAUACCCAGGGAUGAACUCCAUCCUGGUGUAUGUUGGCCACUCUCUCCUGGGAUUCUACUUCCCGUUCAGCUGGGAGAUGCGCUUCCAGGAGAGUCACUGGGAGUGGCUCUUCCAAAGCCUGUGGGGAACAGCAUUGUGGGUGCUCAUCGCCUAUCUGCUCUACAGAAAGAAGUUCUUCCUGAAAAUAUAAAGCAUCACCUGCUCCUUCUCAGUCUGUGGAUGCUGUUAUUUUCCAAAUAAAAACAAACAAAUAUUC